GAGAAGAUGCUGCGCACCCCCAAGUGCUCGCGGUGCCGGAACCAUGGCUUCCUGGUGCCGGUCAAGGGCCAUGCGGGCAAGUGCCGCUGGAAGCAGUGUUCCUGCGAGAAGUGCUUCCUGAUCACCGAGCGCCAGAAGAUCAUGGCUGCACAGAAUGUGCUCAAGAAGCAGGCCUCCGAGGAGGAGCAGGAGGUGUCCUUGAGUGAGCAGAGGCCCCUGCUGCCCUCUGGGGCCGUGGCCGCUGCCCCGGGCUCAAGCCACCUGGUGCCUCCGCCUGUCGCUUCAGGAGGCAGGGAGCUGGGCCCCGAGUGCUGCGUGGCUGCCCGCUUCCCCGAGAGGUCACCGCCGGGUCCGAGCCCUGGCCUGAGCCCUUUCCAGCCAGUUCUGGGUGGCCGCAGCUGCGGCCACUUGGGGCCAAGCGAGCGAGCCGCAGUGGCUGUGGGGCCCCAGAUCGGGAUGGAGGCCGCAGGCAGAGGAUACCCCGGCCGUCUGGAGCAUCACAGGCCACUGCCUAGCCCAACGUUCGCCAACUUCGGGCUUCCUCUGAGCAUGCACUCGGAUCGUGUCGUAGGGUCUGAGCACCUGGAGAGAGAGCCUCCGGAGCUGUAUCCCAGCCGCCCCAGCAUGCACCCCUACUACCCCGUCCGGCUGGGCUACCAGGAUGCUGCUCUGUCCACAGGGAUCCCCCUGCAGCAGGGCUACCAGCAUGUGUCAUGCAGCCACUACUAUGGGGCAGGCUUGGUGCCGGAGCCGGUGGGAGGCUUCCAGCCAAGUUACUACCCGCCGCCGCCGCCGCCGCCGCCGCCGCCGCAGCAGCAGCAGCAGCAGCAGCAGCAGCCGCCGCCCCAGUUCUUCCCGCCGGGCUUCCUACCUGCGCUCCACUUACUCGCGGCGCCGCCGCCGCCGCCGCCGCCGCCGCCGCCGCCGCCGCCGCCGCCGCCGCCUCCGCCGCCGCCGGCUUGCUCUCCGACGGUCCUGUCGGAUGUGGAAAGGGCGCCCGCUGGUAAGGGGGCCACCUGUGGGCAAAAAGACGUGGAGGACGGUGUGCAUGUGGUGUCAGGAGGCCAGAGGUGCCAGGCCUCUGGGGCUGGGGUGGGGCCCUUCUGGCCCGGGAAACGGCAGGUGCUGAGCCUGGAGCAGCAGCAGCAGCCGCAGCCGGUGGGGCUGGUGGGGAUGAGUCCUCUGCCCAGGCCGCUCUGCGGAGAGAACCGGACCACAGAGCGGAGACUCUCCAUUCCAGCUGGGCCCCUGGGCACCUAUAACCAGGAUGCGGACCUGCCGUGUGAGCCCAACCAGCCUUCAUCUCAGCAGCAGCACAACUAGGCCCAGGCCCUCUGACCCGCAGAGUGGAGCCUUGGGGAUGCUGUUAGAGCAAUGAUUUUCUUGUCUGGUUUAGUGAUGUGCAGGGUGGAAGGAUAGUGAUAGGCAUAAGAUGAUAGUUAAUUCCCAUUUCAAGGUAGGAGGAAGGAGGGAGAUUUCUAAGUUUUCUCAGUCUUAAAAUGUAGGAGUGAAGAGGAACAUGGAGGAUGAAGUUACCAGGGAAGGGCCAGGGCUUUGAGGAGUGGGGGAGCUAGUGGAAGCUCACAUUUAGGAGUGAAUUUAAGUGUCUGGGUUGUGCUGCUGUUCGGUCUUUGAUUCCCUCAGGCCCCACUCCAGGACAGGAGGCACUGUCUGUCUGAGCCUCCACCUGGUGCCUGCGGGGAGCAGCCAGGGCCAGGGCUCUGCAGUGUCCUUCCCUGCUGCUCUGUCUCCCAUGGUGUGCCUGGCCGCUGCCCCUCACCCCUUCUCCAAGGGGCUUUACCAGUAAGCAUUCUACCACUGGGGCUGCUUCACCUCCCCUCCAUAAAGGUUAAGCCGUUAUAGGCAUUAUUUCUGGUUUAAAAAAAUUUUUAAAGUUUUAUUAUUUGAUGUUUUUGUAGUGAUUGCUAACUUUAAAAUGUAGGCUGUUCUUAAGCACUAAUGCAAUUCUCAGAGAACAGAGUGGAAC